UCCGCUGAAUUUUUAAGGUCUUCAUAAUCUGGUUCCAAUAAUCUAACUGUAUUUCUUCUCCUCAACAUAGAUCCCUGUUUCAGCAGAUGGAUCUCUUUAACACCCUCUUUCAGUGUUUUCAAAUGAAUCUAGCCCACAUUGUUCUCUUUCUUCUCCUGCUUCUACUGAAUUUGCUGUUUAUAUUACACAUUUGCCCUUUAUUAUAUAUUCAGGCAGUGCAUUUAUUCAUAGCAGAUACACAGUAAACUUUAUUGAUUGGACGGAUGAAGUAUUUUAUAAAUAUUUUCAAUCGGGUCUUAUCAUCUCAUCCAUAUUGCCUGUCAGCUGAUCAAAUAAAAAUAUAUACAUACAUACUGAUUUGUUUGAAUAGAUUUCUAUUACUGUUUUUGAUCUCAGGUUUUUCUGAAGUUAAUGGAGUCAGAAGGAACCCCAGAGUCAGAGAGUUCAGAAAAAUCAAUAGUUUUCUCACAGCAAGAAGAAGAAGAAGCUGAAAAACCAGAGGAAAUGGCCACUGUGAACCCCCUCUUACAACCUGCUCUCACGGGAAAUGUAGAAGGUCUGCAGAAGAUUUUUGAGGAUCCUGAGAACCCUCAUCACGAACAGGCCAUGCAGCUACUCUUGGAAGAAGACAUCGUUGGGAGAAAUUUGUUGUAUGCAGCUUGCAUGGCUGGGCAGAGUAACGUGAUUAGAGCGCUGGCAAAAUAUGGCGUGAAUCUGAAUGAAAAAACUUCCAGAGGUUACACACUCUUACACUGUGCUGCAGCCUGGGGUCGGCUGGAAACUUUGAAAGCAUUAGUAGACUUGGAUGUUGAUAUAGGAGCCCUGAACUUCCGGGAAGAAAGGGCACGCGAUGUUGCUGCUCGGUAUUCCCAAACCGAGUGUGUUGAGUUCCUGGACUGGGCAGAUGCAAGGCUGACUCUGAAAAAAUAUAUUGGAAAGGUUUGUGCAGCCAUUACAGACACAGAAAAGGGAUCAGGAAAAUUACUUAAGGAAGACAAGAAUACCAUCCUCAGCGCAUGCCGUGCAAAAAAUGAGUGGCUGGAAACCCAUUUGGAAGGUUCCAUUAAUGAGGUUUUUGAACAGAAACAACAAUUAGAAGAUAUCGUGGCUCCUAUUUUCACAAAAAUAUCUGCACCACGUCAAGUGAAGAGUGCCAAAUCUGUGGUAACCUAAGGCAUGGUCAGAAAAGAAGACAAGUUCAUACCUCCUACUGAAUAUAGAUGUUGUAAAAGGCCACAUUUUCUUCUAGUGUCUGUAAAGAAGACUUAUUUGUGAAGUAAAGAAAAUAGAUGUGGGAUUUUAUAAGAAUAUUUCAGUAUGAAAUUAAAUCUCUCUUGUUUUGUUGCACUCUGUUUACCAUGCUUAUGUCAAGACUCUCUGGCCUAGCCUCUGUACCCCAACUGACAAUCCAUGUGAGUUCCAGGUGCUCCUUCUGGAGAGCACUUGGGUGUGACACACACAAAGAUCAGAUGGAGACUUUUAAAACUAUUUAAGGAAUCUAAUAAUUUUCUGUGUAAUUGAGUCAGGAAAUGUCCAUUCAAGUGAGGAAUUCCAUUAAAAAAAGACACAUUUGACUAUUUCUAGAGGAAAAAUUUGUUCUCCUUCUCUCCAAAGGAAAGCUUAUGGAAUGACAUUCUGGAGCAAAGAAAUAUUAAGGAUCAUUUGGAUCACGGUCCUCUGAUUAUACAAUUAUUACUUUUUAUGUACAAAUUAAAAUUCAUCUGUAAGGUGGAAUAUAGUUUCUAAGUAAACCCCCUUAUUUUCUCUUAAUUAAUGAACACAAUCCUGUUUAGUUUUAUAUUUGUGAGAUUUCCCCUAUUCUCUGGUUUUGGGAAUUUAGAUAUAACUAAACUCCAUCCCAUUUUCUUCCCUGUUCUGUUUUUGUAAUUUUUAUCUUUUAAAUAUUAGAGUUGUUUUCAUAUUAGUGAUUUAGAAAUCAUCUCACCCAACACCCUCCUAGAUUAUCUAAUAAAGUCCUGAAUCUUCUACUACUCUUUCUGGGAACAUUUUAUAGAAAAAAAAAAAAUUUUUUUUUAGGAAGCUUUUUUUCCCUAUUCUUAUUACUUACUCUUCUUCUUUACCCCUCCCUGAAAGCUAGUUUUUCAUUAAGAGGGGAAGGAAAAGAAAUGAGCAAGUCAGUAAUACCUUGUCAAUUAACUUUUUCUUAAACACGGUUUUGAGAUAACUGUUUUAUAAUUUGUCUCCCUAAUUUUUAAAUUUUGAGAUCUUUUUAUAUAUGAGCAACUCAGUUUCAAUUGCCUUAAGCAAAAGAACAGAGCAAUAACUUACUACUUUCUCUGGUAGACCCAGUGGUUGUUUAUGGAGUAGUGCAAAGAAGGAGGAGUCUUUGGGUAGAGGAACUGGUUAAUAUGCUUGGCUGAUAACCAAAAACUUGGAGGUUUGAGUCUACCCAGAGGCACCUCAGAAGAAAGACCUGGCAAUCUUCUUUUGAAAAAUCAGCCAUUGAAAACCCUAUGGAGCACAGUUCAACUUUGACACACAUGGGUUGCCAUAGUCUGAAUUGAUUCAGUGGCAGCUGGUUACAAAGAAGGGAUCUGGGUUUGCUCCAAUCUCUUAAAACAGUAUAUUGUUAGAAGCCCAGUACCAUUAAGCACAAUAAUUUGAGAAAAGGUCAGAUGCCAUUUUUGUUGUUUCUACUCUGACUCUAUAUUUUUUAAGUAUUGAUCUUGUAUACGACAUUACUUUCCAUUCAUGUGAUCCUAGUGAUUUGUGAAGGAUUCUUGGAUCUCACUUCAAAGAUUCCUAGAUAGGAGCAAGGAAUUUCUGGAGACCUUCUAGUGUAAAAUAAACCUUUCUCUCCCUCUUUAUUUAUCUCUCAGUCUGUAUCCUCAAACUGUUCUGUAGCUUUCGAUACAUUCCUUAAUGCUAACUUCUUGAAACACCUUGUAUGGUUCCUCUACUAUCUUACAAACUGCUUUCUAACUCCUUCCCCAGCUCCCCUUCUUCAUCUUAUCCCCAAACUAUGGAAACAUCUCAAAGUUCAAUCCUGACCCUUGAUGAAGUAAUCUAUAAUUUUCCACCCCAUGACCUUCCCUACCCUCAGUGUCAGGCAAAACUCAUCCCCCCUUCUUUGGGGUGCCCAUAGUAAUAAUAGCCUCAUAUAUAUUCUAUUUAAUUGUUCACAUGUUUUCUCCCCAUGUGAACUGUGAGCUUUUUGAGGGUAAGGACCUUACCUUGUUCUUCCUCAUAACUAAAGAGCCUGUAAGAUAGUAAGUUCUCAGUAAAUAAUAAUUGAAUGAAUUCUCUUUUGGCAGUACUUUACUCGUAGUAUUUAUUGCCUCUUCACUUUUUUCACUCAUUCAUAGAGCUUGUUGACCUUUAUAAAAGUGACUCCCAAAUCCUUAUCUCCAUAUCUUGCUUGUGCCAAUGUCCCAUUUCAACUCCAGCCCCUCCAGUAAAUAAGCCGCACACAUAUCCAGUGUUGUGACUCUAUGUGUAGUUUUUCCUCUAACCUUCUAUUUCUUGAGCUUUCAUCAGUAAUACCACAUUACUUUUCAGACAUGUGAACCUGGUGAUUACCAAGGGAUUUCUAGAUCUCACUUCAAAGAUUCCUUUGAUGUAAGGAUCUGAGUAUUUCUUUAUACCUGUAGAUCUAUAACUUUGGUCUGUUUUGAGAGAUAUAGUACUUCUUGUUGCCUGUUGUUUCAUUGAAUUGUAGUCACAGGAGAGAUAAAAUGUCCUUAUGGUUUGAGUAUGAGCUGUAACACAGGUAGCUGCAUGACUUUUUCUGAACACCCACAUAGUGAUUUCAGAGUGCAUGCUAGUAAAUCAAGAAAGCCUCCACAGUAUUUGAGAAGUUGUCAAGCAAAGGCUAAAUUCAAUGUUAUGAUAACUUCUAGGCAGUUGCUCUUUAGACUUUCGUAUUUCAAUGAACAAAAAAAAAAAGUGGAAAAGGGGGUAAAGGGGAUUGAUACGAUACCCUUAAGAAAACAAUUACUAUCUACUAUCACUAUCAUUUUUUUUAUCACUAUCAUUUAAUAAAAGGCAUUUUAACAUCAGAAAAGAAGAGAGGGUAUAAUCUCAAUGUAAGGCUGAACCCUUUAAGUUUAAUAAAUUGAGCUUUACUACACACCUAUGUAUUUAUUUUUCUUAUUUUGCCAUGUAUGAUGGAACUUUUGUCAUGAAUCCAGACUGGCCUGUGGUCCAGCUUUGAGAACUACUGCUCUAGACUGAGAUAAAGCAGUCAGACUGUUGAGUUAGGUUAAUGUGAUGCCCUAAAUUGUAAAAGUCUGAGAGUCAUCCUCAUGUUUGAUCUAACUUAUGGUAGAUUGUAUUUUCCAAGAUUGCUGCACCAGCAUCUCCUGUCCCACAUGUUCUUCAUACAAUGUAGUCUUGACAAAAGGUGGGGUUUAUAUUCUCUCCCCUUGAAUCUGGGAAGGCUUACGACUACGGUGGAUGUGAUGUUAUGUGAUUUCCAAGACUAGAUCAUAAAAGGUGAUGCAACUUCCCCCUAGUUCCCAUGAGAUGCUCGCUCCUGGAAACCAGCCACGAUGACAUGUGGAAAGCAAAGCAGCUCGUGCAGAGGCCCACAUGGAAAGGAACUUAGGCCCCAGCCUACAGCUCUGGCCAAAAUUCCAGGCAAUAGUCAUGACCAACCUGCCAGCCACAUGAGUGAGUCAUCUCAGAAGUGGAUCUUCCAGUCACGUCUUCCCAGCUGACACUGUAUGGAGCAUAGACAAGCUGCCUCUCUUGUGCCCUGCCAAAAUUACAGAUUUGUGAGCUAAAUAAAUAAAUGAUCGUUGU